ACGACGACCGGUUAGAGGUCAGCAGUAGUCAGUAAAGGUGGGGUGGCGGCUCGUUCAAGAAACGACAGUGCCACCCAAUAAAAAUUUCUCGAUUCCGAUAUGCAUAUCGGGUUCUUAACUCAUUUCUUGGUCCGGCUCUGAUACCUCUCACUCAUUGGCGAGUCAGAUUCACAUCGCCAGAUUCGAAUAAAAUUUCACUUUCUCAAAAUGCCGAGAGCCAAGGCCAAGAACGAAGAGCCCGUCGAGGCCGGGUCAGACGUCGACAUGGAGGAGGCGCCGACUUCUCAUCAGCCAGAGAACGCGGAUGAUAUGUCGGUUGAUCAGGACGAAAACGACGAUGCGGGGGAGUAUGAGGACGACGAGGCGGUGGAAGAGGAGGAGGAAGAAGAAGAAGAGACCCAAAGAGUGCGGCUGGUGCGUCAAACGCCAUCAAUCCGGGACUUGGGGGCUCUAUUCGGAUUGCCAGAGACGCUCGCUAACAAGCCACAGCUUCCCGGGUCGACGCCCACUGCUGCCUCGUUCGAGUUUCUCAACGAGGGCCACACACUGGGAAAUGCGUUGAGAUACAUCAUCAUGAAGAAGUGAGCCCCCGGGCUGGCCCUGAUCCCUGCUUCCGUCUUCUGAAUGCUAACUUUGCCGCUCAGCCCGGAUGUUGAGUUCUGCGCCUACGCCAUUCCGCAUCCUUCCGAGGCGAAGAUGAAUGUCAGAAUCCAGACAUUCGGUGGGUUCAUGUUGUUGUGCCUGUACGCUCAUCGCCUCGUGUACUGACUUGCGCUUUAGAGGGCACGACCGCGAUCCAGGCGUUGGAAAAGGGGCUCCGCGACCUGCAGGAGCUGUGUGACGUCGUAGCUGAUAAGUUCA